AUGUCAAAAAAAAUUACUAUCGUCGAGAACAUUGCCAAAUCGCACUACCUUAAUCAAGCAACAUCAACUACAUCUGCACUUCGUGAUCAACUACAAAUAACCGGUCUUUUACCAGCAGCCGUGGAAAGCUUCGAUCUGCAAAAAAAACGUGCACUCGUACAAUUACGCGCAAAAUCAACCGAUUUAGAAAAAUAUAUAUUUCUUGCUUGGCUUAGGAACACUAAUGUCAGGCUAUUUUAUCGGUUGGUGAUUGAAGAGUUGGAGGAAAUCACACCAUUAAUCUACACCCCAACCGUGGGCACCGCCUGCCUGGAAUACUCGCACAUAUAUCCAUUCUUGGCACCACCCGGCGUACCUGAUGGCCUUUUCAUUUCACUUGACGAUCGUGCAAACCUCAAAAAUAUCAUCAAAAGCUAUAAGCCUUACCCGUUCGAUGAAUCAUUGACACCACAAAUCGCCGUCAUUACUGAUGGAUCAAGAAUUUUGGGAUUAGGUGAUUUAGGCGUAAACGGGAUGGGAAUCCCUGUGGGAAAAUUGCAAUUAUAUGUCGCUGGUGCUGGUAUAGAUCCGCGACGCACACUCCCGAUUACUCUUGACCUUGGCACAAAUAAUGAGCAUAACUUGAAAGACGAGUUUUAUCUUGGGCUUCGUAGAAAAAGAGCAUCAGACGAAGAGGCAAGUUUUAGGAUAUAUGCACUAUUUUUCUCUUUUCUCGAUGAUGUAAUCAAAUCUCUCAUCGAAUUAUAUCCUGAGCUCUUAAUACAAUUCGAGGAUUUUUCUUCAGAGCAUGCUUUCGAGUUACUACAUCGAUAUCGUAACAACACAUUCUGUUUCAACGACGACAUUCAAGGCACCGGCGCCGUAAUUCUUUCUGGAUUCAUCAAUGCAGUCCGCUUGACAAAGAAAGACAUUCCGCCAAAAGAGCACCGUAUAUUAUUUUUCGGAGCUGGUUCAGCGGCUGUUGGUGUUGCUAAACAGUUACUAGAUUUUUUCCAAUUUGAACAAGGAAUGACGGAAGAGGAUGCAAAGAAAUUACUGUGGUUGGUUGAUACAAAGGGUCUUGUGACCUUGGAUCGUGGCGACAAACUAGCUCCCCACAAAAUAUACUUUGCACGUAAAGACAAUGAAGGACAUCAAUGCAAGACCUUAACAGAAGCUAUCGACUACGUGAAACCAACUGCACUUAUUGGGCUUUCGUCACAAGGCGGUAUAUUCACUGAAGAGAUUUUGAAAAAGCUUGCGAGACUAAAUAAGAAUCCUAUCAUUUUCCCAUUAUCGAAUCCGAUGGAUAAUGCUGAGUGUACUUUUGAACAGGCGAUGAAAGCUACAAAUAAUCAAGUGAUUUUUGCCUCGGGAACUAUGUUUCCGUCGUAUACGGAACCUGAAACCGGAAGAGUAAGAUAUCCUGGACAAGGAAACAACAUGUACAUCUUCCCCGGUCUUGGCUUAGGCGCACUUCUAGCAAAGCCACGAAUAAUCACCGACAAACAAAUCUACAAAUCAGCAUCGGCACUCGCCUACUCCCUCAACGACGAAGAAAUCGCCCUCGACAUGCUCUACCCAAAAUUAACGCGUAUUCGACACGUAUCAGCAGAAGUCGCAUCAGCCGUGAUUAUACAAAUCGUUGAAGAAGGUCUAGCACGCGACGAAACGGUCAUUUCGUUGGUAAAGAAUGAUUUGGAAGUCCUGAAGACGUGUAAAGGUCCGCAGUGGGAGAAUUUGGUAAAGUUUGUCGAGGAGAAUAUGUGGGAUCAUGGUCGUGAAAAGUUUUUUGAAUGUAAAAUUUGA